AACUGAAUCACCCUGCAGUGUCACCGUCAAAGUGUUCCGGGUUAGGGAUAGGACAGUUGUUAGGUUACGGACAAGAAUGUUGUUUCUGUGUAAUAUUUACAUAAAGAAACAUGUUUUUAAUGGCGCUGUUCACGGAGUAGUCGACUGUCAAAGUUCACCUGUGUGUAUGCAGAUGUUCUCCACACAGUGUUUUCCUUCCCUGUGAGGCUGAUCUCAGCUGUUUGAAGUGCGGCUUCUGUCAGCAGGAUGUCACACAGCGGGAACGAGUCCUGCCUGAGGGGAGCAGAGGACACCGUCUCCUUCCUGGUGUGUGUGUUCCAUCAGUGGGAGGAGUGGGCGGGGCUCGGCCAGUUGGAGGACUAUUUGAGUGUUUUGGAGUACCUGCUCUGGGUCUUCACCCCUCUGGUCAUCGUCUUCAUCCUUCCCUUCCUCAUCGUCAUCCUCCUUUACCUCUCCAUACUCUUCCUUCAUGUCUACAAGAGGAAGAAUCAGCUGAGGGAAGCUUACUGCAACAACCUGUGGGACGGAGCCAGGAAGACCCUGGCUACUCUGUGGGACGGACAUGGAGCCAUAUGGCACGGUUACGAGAUCCAUGGGAUGGAGAAGAUCCCGGACAUAGGACCCGCGCUGAUAGUGUACUACCACGGAGCCAUUCCCAUCGACUACUACUACUUCCUGGCUAACGUCAUCCUGCAGAAGGGACGGCCCUGCCACUCUGUAGCUGAUCACCUGCUCUUCAAGAUCCCAGGUUUCAAGUUACUGCUGGAGGUGUUCAGUGUGAUCCACGGCCCUCAGGAGGAGUGUGUGCGGGCUCUGAGGAACGGUCACCUGCUGGGGAUCUCUCCUGGGGGAGUGCGGGAGGCUCUGUUCAGCGAUGAGACCUACCCCCUCCUCUGGGGCAAACGCAGAGGAUUUGCGCAGGUCGCCAUCGACUCCCAAGUGCCUAUAAUUCCAAUGUUUACUCAGAAUGUGCGGGAAGGCUUCAGAUCUCUGGGAACACUCAGAUUUUUCCGCUGGCUGUACGAGAGGUUCCGCCUCCCUUGCGCUCCUGUGUACGGAGGAUUCCCGGUGAAGUUUAGGACCUUCCUUGGUGAUCCCAUUCCCUACGACCCCAACGUUAACGCUGCAGAGCUGGCAGAGAAAGUGCAGCAGGCAGUGCAGGCUCUGAUAGACCAGCACCAGCAGAUCCCCGGGAACAUCCUUAGAGCCCUGCUGGAGAGAUUCCACAGCAAACACAAAGAGCACUAACAGCAGCAGCUCACAGACACACUGUCCAGAGAGGGACCAAGAGGACACGAUGGUGCAGACCCUGAUGUGUUGGAGUAUUUGCACAGCUGUCUUCACCCGACUGAAGCUGUGGAGGUUCCUGUAACAGAUGGUUAUAUCACAGGUUUAUCAUACGUUUCCUUUUGAUCAACUCCCUUCUUAAUCGGUUUGAAUCUACACUUCCUGAUUUUGUGACAUUGGAGUUGACAGUAAUCAUACCUCACAAUGUUUUUUUAUGUUUCAGUUAUUUGCCUUAAUUAAUGACUUUAUGGUCAGUUAAAGAUAAUGAAGGAUGAUCUGUGGGCUGUACAUUUUUUUCAGUUCAUAUUUAUGGGAUUCAGGCAAUUUCUUUACAAUUCUUUCUUUAAAAAAAUGUGAUAAAGGUACAUUACAAGGUACAAGAGAUUCAUAAAGUUAACACGUGGUUAUUUACCGUGACAUACUUUUGGUGUGUCUAAAUUGAAGCUUUAUGUAUGAACCAAAAUGAUAGUUCAAACUGUCCUAAAGCUACUGAAGUAUGACAGCUCAAUGUGGUGUGAAAGAAACUUGUACAUAGUCUCACCCAUGCAAAAGAAAACAGCAUUCUUUACUAUACACACUGCACAGUGUUCAUCGCUUUGAUCAAUUCCACUUGUUUUCCUAAAAAUUAAUGUAGGUAUGCAGAUAACGCUUCAUUCCUCAGGCCUCCUUUUCUUCUAAUUUCCUGGAAAUGGUCCCAAAUAUAUAAAUAAUAUGAAUAAGUUAUAUCCUUGUUAAUAGAGAGGGCUGUUUAACUUGGUAUUAUAAUUAUAAAAAAGGUGUGGGACAAAUAAAAGAUCCACCAACAUAUCCUGUCCAUUCCCCCUGUAAGUAUUUGCUAAAUUAUUCGAAGAAACUUCUAGGAAAUCGAUGAGCUUCUAUUGGAUAACCCUACCAAACAAAAAUGAAAUAACCUGUAAAAAUGCUUCAGGCUCUCACUUAUGUUACAGCUGUAGUUCUUUCUCUAAACAUAGUUCAUCUCACACUACAGAACAAAUGUAAUAUGAGUUUACGGACAAAAAUAAGCUGAAGCUCUGAGAAUUGUGAAGCUAAACUCGUAAGUUAAUAUUGUUUUGCAAUUUGGGUCAAAUUGCACCAGUAUUAGUUAUACUUCCAAUAAAAUGAAUAGGCUUUGCAAUGAACCGAAUCACAGACAUGGAAGGUAACUCAUUGUAGGAUUAUUUCUUCUCUUUAUUGUCAGCCGUCCGCUGUUACGCUGUGUUAGGACUAACCCUUCCUCUCGCUGUUGCCUUCUUCCAAUCGUUAUACCUUCAAUACUUUUGAUCUUGUAACAUAUUCACAAGCAGCCAUCUUGUUCAGAAUGAAUCCAAGUUACUGUGAGGCUUCUUCCUGUCUUAUUGUACACUGCACAUGUGAUAAUGGGACUGUAGGUCGGGCAGACAUUUGAAGACGUCACCAUGCACACUUAUGAUAUUGUACAUUUUCGGGAUGUAUUAUAGAUUGAAUAAUUCAGAAAAUAAAUUAAUCAGUCAAUGAUGGCUUUCGUCAUCGUUCGUAGCCCUACACAUGGCAAAAGACUUUGUUGUGCCAUACAUUUAAACAUGCCAAAGACAUCUGAGAGGUGGCUUAUUAUCAGUCCGUUAAACUUUACAGGUAACAAAAAAAGCCUUAAAAAACUGAAUUAAGUAAAAGACCGAUACUUAUGCACUAAACAAUGAAAACACGCAGGCUUCAAAAUGUAUAAUCUAUCCAAAAUAGAACACAAAUGAACUACAGACUUCCACUAAUACAAGUUAAAUGAGGAAAACAGGAAACGGUGUAAAAAAUGGUACUGUCCUUCAUGUUUUUUAAGAACGAUGAUUUUAAACAACCCGGUCCAGUAAAACAUCGAUGUGCCCAAUUUAAACAGCCUAGCAUCAAACCUUCAACACCUUUUCAUUAUUAUGCAUCAUUGGAAAAUACUUUUAAUUGUACUGCAUGUGGAGUUUUGGGAUAAAAUGUUAAUAUAAAUAUGCACAAACAAGUCUCUCACUGUAAUAUAUAUCACAUCCAAAUCCCCUGAUGGAAGACUUUAUUGUGUGUUUCUGAAGAUGUAAAUAUUGUGAUUCCACAGCUGAUUUUUGCACACGGUCAGAAGUAUCACUGCCAACGAGCUUCUGUGAGACCAACUGUGUGUUUUAGUGACGUCUUUUUGUUUGCUUUACUCGUGAACUGGUUGCCUUUUUCCAUUUUCAUGUUGUUGGUCAUUUUAGAGAUGAUCUAACUUGUAUUUUUGAAUGAUGUCAAUAUAUACAUGUUGCACUUUUGAAUCCACUUUAACCUGUUAAUAAAUCUAUUUUAUUAAGAUGUUUCAUGCCAA